UAUAUACACACAACACACAAAACUGCUCCCACCAUUGCCAUUUGCAAAACCACCCUCAACUUGAGAAAUUAAGUAGAACUCAAAAGGCAAAACUCACACACUCGACGAAGAACGACAGAAUGAUGGCAGAAAAGGAACAAUCACCCUAUCCCUUGGCACCGGCCAAUGGAUACGUCCGAAGUGACGCGGAGGCGGUCAGGGCACACCCCGACAAGCAGCGCAAAAAGAAGCGUAUGAAGUGCAUAGCAUAUAUUGCUGCUUUCGCUGUUUUCCAAACCAUAAUCAUAUUGGGCUUUGCCUUAACCGUGAUGCGCAUCAAAAGUCCAAAGUUCCGGGUUCGUGCUGCCUCAUUUACUGGCAAUUUUGAUGUCACGAACUCUUCGUAUAACUUGCAGAUGAAUGCUCAAUUCACAGUAAAGAACACCAAUUUUGGUCACUUCAAAUAUGAAUAUGGCACCGUUCGAUUUGCCCAAAACGGGGUGCGUGUUGGUGAGGCCAAUAUCAACGAUGCACGAGUCAGGGCUCGAUCAACCAAAAAGGUAAAUGCUACAGUAGUAUUGAGUUCAUCCAACAACAAUCCUGCAUUAACAAGUGAUAUAGUUUAUGGUCGUUUGCCACUGACUAUCUCCUCAAAGUUGGAGGGAAAGGUACACCUGAUGAAGGUUUUCAAGAAGAAGAAAUCUGCUCAGAUGAAUUGCACCGUGUAUGUUAAUCUCGGAAUGCAUCAAAUCGAGAAUUUGACAUGCACGUGAUGCUCUUAUUAGGUAAUGUGCUUACUUUCAGUUUUAGAACUUGUCCUUCCCCCCCUCUUAUUGGUUUCUUUUGAUCUUUCCAAUCUUGAACCGAGCUACGGACUAGUACCACUUUUGUUGAUACUGCCUGUAUAUAGCCCCUUGAUAUUCUGCCUGUUUUCAAGUAUCCUUAAAAAGUAUUUAAUCUAUCAGUUUAGAGCUUAAAUUCAA